AUGGUGAUGGCGACUCGCAUGGCGACUCGACUGGACGACAGCUCCCAGUUGAGUAGCACUCGAUCAGAUCCCGUCGAUGUCUUUACAGCUCAGCAAGAGCAGCGAUUUGACGAGAAGGAGGAAGCCGUUCGGCUCCUCUCACGAUUUGAGGGGAGCCUAAACGCGGCUGCUCGUUGCAGCCGGGCGGCGCCAGUACUUCCCCUUUCCGCCCGCCACGCCCUGCUCGACCCGCUCUUCCUCUCCGCGCCACUCCCCUCGCUAGACGCCGCCCUCCCCCUCCUCUCGCUCUCCCCCUCCAUUUCCGCCUACACUGCCGACCCCUUCCGACCUUCCCUCUUCCCGCUUCUGAGUCAUCCCCGUCUCUGGUCAGUCUUGAGCCUCCUUGCCCAACCAGUCACUGGAUCUCGUCCCUCAUCUGCCAAUCUCUCACCACCACUGCCACCACCACUUUCACCCUUUUUCCCCCUUUCCCCUCUCUGCCUUAAUCCCUUUGCCUCUUUUCCCCUCUCUGCCUCCUUCCCCCUUUCCUCCUUACAAACUCCACCUGAGAGGACCCCUCCCCACGCGCCACAGGGGAUUUCUCGUCAGCCAGAACAGCGCAUAUCUCGCUCGGACAGUGCACGCCCCUCGCCGUCGCAGAGCUUCUCCCAUCGCCCUCACCCCCCUCUCUCCUUACCUUCGGAUGCGCCUCUCCACUCGCCGUCGCAGCUUCUCUUGUCGCCAUCGCUGCGCCGCCUCUCCCCUCGCCGUCACAGCGCCCUUCCCGUCACUCUCGCCACGCCUCUUCCCUCGCCUCUCAUCUCUCCCCACGCCGUCACAGUGCCUCUCCCCCUUUCCGCCGCAGUGCCUAUUCCGGGGGUGUAA